AUGGUAGGGCCAGUCCACUACGGGGGCCAAGGCCUGCAUCGGACAGGGGCCACCUGGCCUUUCCAGUUACUUGAGUUUGGAGCCAGAGUGAAAGACCAUGAAGCAAACAGCUCAGGAAAUUCCAUGGUUGACUUGCCUUGGGUGCAAGCUCUGUGGGGAGCUGGAGCUUCGUGUGGUACUGGACGCCAGUUUGGGUCGCGACUAAAUGGCUUGAAAAUGGAAGACACAAAACUGAGAGAUUUUUCAGCACUAAGUUUAGGGAGUCUGUCCCCUCUAGUGACUGAAUUUACUAACAACUUCAUUUCUAAAUCUGCUCACCUGUCCCAUUGUCUCCCAACCUGUGUGCCUUUUUUGGCAAAAAGAAAACAUACUAACUGCCGGCCCAGCCAGCGCCUGCGAUGGAGUAGCAAAGAGCUCCUGUUGCAACCCGUGACCAUUGGCAGGAAUGAGAAGGACAAGGUUCUGAUUGAGGGAUCCAUCAACUCUGUCCGGGUCAGCAUCACUGUGAAACAGGCUGAUGAGACUGAGAAGAUUUUAUGCCACAAAUUCAUGCGUUUCAUGAUGAUGAGAACAGAGAACUUCUUUAUCCUUCGAAGGAAACAAGUGGAGGGGUAUGAUAUCAGUUUUCUGAUCACCAACUUCCACACAGAGCAGAUGUACAAACACAAGUUGGUGGAUUUUGUGAUCCACUUCAUGGAGGAGAUUGACAAGGAGAUCAUUGAGAUGAAGCUGUCGGUCAAUGCCAGGGCGCGCAUCGUGGCUGAGGAGUUCCUCAAGAAUUUCUAAACCAUCUGGCCGGAUCUCGUGGCCUUCCCCCUCUGCCUUCCCUGUGUCUCUGCGAAGGUGUCCUGGAACUGUUUCUCGGAGUGACAGCAGCAGAAGCAGGGAGCUGGAUUGGGGUGGGCACCAGAUAUGGGAGGAGGGUGGUAUGCUUGCUAGCUGGGCAAGAAAGCAGCAGUGGGCAGU